GGGGAAAUAUAAGAGACAACUUCAGAAAAUCUGUGGAGAAAAAUAAAACUGUGAGUGGUCAAAAGGCGAAAAUAAUAAAGCAGUACAAAUAAGCACAGCAGUUGAGUUUUAUAACGAAAUUCUUUGAUGAGAGGGACACAAUGUCAAACAUUGAUGACAAAGUCGCAAAUGAAUAUAAUAUUAAUGUUGAUGAUGACGUUAAUGAACCUAACCAAAAUAAAGAAUACUCUCGAAACUGUACAACAGAAGAAGUUGAUAAUCCUGUGAUCGUAGAGUCACAAAAUAGUUCUCCUUUGCCAAGUUUAAAACAAUCAGGUUCAUCUCAAUUUUCUACAUCACGAAAGAAAACAAAAUACUCGGUACCAGACGCUCCUCCUUCAAAGACAGCCGCUGCUACUGUUAUGGAGUACCUGGUAAAAAAAAAUGAAAGUAUGGUACCAUUGGAACCAAAACAUCCUGUUGACGCUUUUUUAUCCGAAAUAGGUAGCUCCAGUUUUGAAAAAAUUAACCCCACGCUACUGGCAUUACGCUAAAUCUGAUAUUUUUGCUGCCGUUCAAAACUACGAGCUUAAAAUGAUUAUGGACCAGGAACAAUUUGCGCAGCCAUCUCCUAUGUCAACGUAUUCUACUUCAUCAUACUCUGAACAGUCCUCCCCUGCAGCCGAUCAUUCUACUCCAACA